CUAUGUUGUACAGGGUAUAAGUGUUUCGUUAUUUACAUUGUUGGCGACAAAAUUGCUUCUAGAUCUGCUAGAAAACUCGCCAGAAUAGGAUUCAGAUUUUGAUUUUGAUGCACGUGAUGCAAUGCAUUAGCAUUUACUAAAAGGCGAAAAAUAUAUAAAACAUCACACAAAUCUUAAAAAGGACCGAUGCGAAUUUAAUCGUAUUUUUUCAGCGACCGUUCUGUAUUUAUCUGCAGAUAUAUUUGUAUGAGCAGAUAAUAUUGUCACUAUCUUUCGAUAUAUGUCGGUGCUUACAGAUACUUAACGAUAAAAUAUCAAUUAUCUGCACUGUUUGUGUUAGUUCAUUGAAUUUCAUAGAGAGCGAUAUUGAAAGAUAUGCGCUUAGAUACAGAUAUCUUAUCGUAUCUGCGUAGUGUGUGACAGGCUUUAGUCUGGUUCGACGUGCACCGGUAAUUUAUCGUCCAUCUGCCUUUCGUAGAAUUGGCCGGCGUGUUCCAAAAGUAUCUGCGCGAGUACGCGGGCAGCGUGCUGCAGGCGGCACUGCCGCGAGCCGGGGCGGCGCUGUCGCUGGGGGCGCUGGGCUCCGCCGCCGGCAUGCCCAGCCUCGUCACCAACCUGCACACGCUGCUGAGGGACGACGCCACCCCCACCAGGUACACACACAUGCAUGCUUGCACAAAUUCACACGCAAGCUCAUACUAAUACACAUACUGUCGCUGAUUGAACUGAUCUCUGACCCUGGCAUGCCCAGCCUCGUCACCAACCUGCACACGCUGCUGAGGGACGACGCCACCCCCACCAGGUACACACACAUGCAUGCUUGCACAAAUUCACACGCAAGCUCAUACUAAUACACAUACUGUCGCUGAUUGAACUGAUCUCUGACCCUGGCAUGCCCAGCCUCGUCACCAACCUGCACACGCUGCUGAGGGACGACGCCACCCCCACCAGGUACACACACAUGCAUGCUUGCACAAAUUCACACGCAAGCUCAUACUAAUACACAUACUGUCGCUGAUUGAACUGAUCUCUGACCCUGGCAUGCCCAGCCUCGUCACCAACCUGCACACGCUGCUGAGGGACGACGCCACCCCCACCAGGUACACACACAUGCAUGCUUGCACAAAUUCACACGCAAGCUCAUACUAAUACACAUACUGUCGCUGAUUGAACUGAUCUCUGACCCUGGCAUGCCCAGCCUCGUCACCAACCUGCACACGCUGCUGAGGGACGACGCCACCCCCACCAGGUACACACACAUGCAUGCUUGCACAAAUUCACACGCAAGCUCAUACUAAUACACAUACUGUCGCUGAUUGAACUGAUCUCUGACCCUGGCAUGCCCAGCCUCGUCACCAACCUGCACACGCUGCUGAGGGACGACGCCACCCCCACCAGGUACACACACAUGCAUGCUUGCACAAAUUCACACGCAAGCUCAUACGCAAGCUAAUACACAUACUGUCGCUGAUUGAACUGAUCUCUGACCCUGGCAUGCCCAGCCUCGUCACCAACCUGCACACGCUGCUGAGGGACGACGCCACCCCCACCAGGUACACACACAUGCAUGCUUGCACAAAUUCACACGCAAGCUCAUACGCAAGCUAAUACACAUACUGUCGCUGAUUGAACUGAUCUCUGACCCUGGCAUGCCCAGCCUCGUCACCAACCUGCACACGCUGCUGAGGGACGACGCCACCCCCACCAGGUACACACACAUGCAUGCUUGCACAAAUUCACGCGCAAGCUCAUACUAAUACACAUACUGUCGCUGAUUGAACUGAUCUCUGACCUUGGCAUACCCAGCCUCGUCACCAACCUGCACACGCUGCUGAGGGCCGACGCCACCCCCACCAGGUACACACAGAUGCAUGCUUGUACAAAUUCACGCGCAAGCUCAUACUAAUACACAUACUGUCGCUGAUUGAACUGAUCUAUGACCCUGGCAUGCCCAGCCUCGUCACCAACCUGCACACGCUGCUGAGGGACGACGUCACCCCCACCAGGUAUACACACAUACAUGCUUGCACAAAUUCACGCUCAACCUCAUACUAAUACACAUACUGUCGCUGAUUGAACUGAUCUCUGGCCCUGGCAUGUCCAGCCUCGUCACUAACCUCCACAAGCUGCUGAAAACUAAACCACCCCCACCAGGUACACACGUGCGCACGUACAAGCACACACCUCGCACACAAACAUACACGCACGCAUAUUCGCACACGCACAUACUCGCACACACGUACCCACGCCGGCACAUGCAAUAUCCGUAUUAAAAACCGCAACCGUUUAUUAAUUUUCGCUACGUCGUUCAUCAAGCGUACAGCAAAGAAGUGGAAUAAGUUGCCAGCAUCUGUCUUACCAUCCGAUUACAGUGUGCGUCUUCAAGGCAAGAGUGAAUAGGCUUUUGUUAAGUCAGUGUGCUUGAUCAUCUUAGGCUACAUCCAUACCAUCAGGUGGAAUCGUAGAUAAGCGCUAACUUCGUAGAAUAUAAAAAAAAUUAACAUAUACACUAAUCUGCAUCUUCUUAUCGUUAUCGUAAUUCGUGCGAAAUAAGCCUGAUGAAUCAAUAAACUAAGACAUUCUAUUGAGACAUGUUUAGUAUUACUUAAGAAUAAAUUAUUUAUAUACCCACAGGUACACAAAACAAGAAAUAGCAAAAAUAACAAGCGUAAUAACUACAUCGGAAUACUGCCUGGAGACCACCAUACAUUUGGAACAGAAGCUGAAGGAGAAAGUAGCCCCUGCUCUAGCGGACAAGAUAGAUUUAGUUCCAGAACAAGACUUAUUCCACAAAAUGAUAAGCAACUGCAUUCAGUUGCUGGUUCAGGACUUAGAGCUGGCCUGUGAGCCAGCACUACAAGCGAUGACAAAGAUAUCAUGGUUGCACUUCGACAAUGUCGGAGACCAAAGCUCGUACGUGACACAGAUAAUAAUGCACUUGAAGAAUACUAUUCCCAAUUUGAGAGAUAAUUUGGCGUCCUCGAGAAAGUACUUCACGCAAUUCUGUAUCAGAUUUGCGAAUUCCUUCAUUCCAAAAUUCAUACAAAACGUCUACAAAUGCAAGCCAAUAUCUACCGUAGGAUCUGAGCAGUUGUUACUAGAUACGCAUAUGCUGAAGACGGCCUUAUUAGAGCUGCCUUCCAUUGGGUCCGAGGUGAAACGUCAAGCGCCUGCUACUUACACAAAGGUAGUUAUAAAGCUGAUGACGAAGGCUGAAAUGAUUUUGAAAUUAGUCAUGGCUCCUCUGGACGGGAAUCUCGAAGGUUUUGUUGCGCAGUUCGUGCAGCUAUUGCCUGAAAGCACUUUGGCGGAGUUCCACAAAGUUUUGGACAUGAAAGGAGCUAAACUAUCCAAAGUACAAAUGAGUUCAUUAGAUGCGUUAUUUAAAGAUUUUUCAAAGUCUGUUAAUAAUGAGGGAGGCAAAUAAGUUAGUUUUAUACAGUAAAUAGUGAUUAUAAUAUAUUUAUUGUACAUAAUUAUAAAAUAAUAAUCAAUUACUCAUUCCUAUCAGUUUCUUAACGUGGGAUCUCUGGAUUGUGCUGUUAUACUCUUUUUUGUUUUAAUUAUAUACACAUAAUAAAAAUAAUAUUCCUUAACCCCUCAACAGUAGGUAUAUGAGAUAUGUAUAAUUAUAUUAUCUUAUAUGUAUCAACCAUUGCGGCUGUAUUUUACUGCCCGGGGAGAAAUAAGUAGUAUAAUGUUAUGGUUUAUAAAAUAAAAUAUAAUAAAAAUGUUUUUCCCAUCUAAAUUUAUAUAUUAUUGUGACAUUAUUAGUGCUAAAAGCGAAGUAUAACACGACAAGGUACUUCGUUCUUCAACUAAUCUGAAGAUUUCAGUUGUACUCCAUUUUACUGGCUUUAUCGGCAAUUAUUUUACUGUUCAUGCUACACUUCUCUGCAACUCCUUACCUGAAGACAUUAGGAAAGGAUCAAAUAAAAUAACCUUUCUAAAGAUUGGUCCGGCAACAUCUUUUGAAAACAAUGUCGUAAACAUAAUGUCAAUACUGCUACCUUUAUCCAUACAUAUUAUGUAUGUAUGUAUAUAUGUAUUGUGUGUGUAUAUGUAUAUAUGUAGUAAGGAUAAUUGUUAUGUAUGGAUUAUUUUGUAUUUGUUUGUAUUCAUAUACAUAUGCGUAAUUUAGAAGCCUUAUUUUAAUAUGUGUAAUAUCUAUGUAAAGUUUAUUUUGCAUACAAUUAUUUUUUUUUAAAUAAAAUAAAAAAAUUAUUGUUCAAGUUUUUAAAAAAAAAGUUAUUUCUAUAGGUUUGAAUACUGAUCCUGAUAACGUACUUAACGGGAACCACCGGGGUUUUUGUUACAUGUUGUAUAAUCAUUUUUAUAUCAAUUUUAGUGCAGCUAUUUAUGUCAAUUUAAUAAAUAAUUUAAAAUUAAAAAUUUUGUACAGCCGACUUCAAUAUAAGUUAUUUAAGAAUAACUUAAAAACUAUUGGUCUGACCUUGAUCAAAUUCAUAUGGGACCACACGAGAAGUACCAGCUUUCAAAUAAAAAAAGAAUCAUCGAAAUCGGUUCACCCAGAAAAAAGUUCUGAGGUAACACACA